CUAUUCUACAGUAGAAUCUUGCACCAUAAAUCCCUUGAGCGUGUGUCUACCACACUCCACAUCUUCUCCUUCUCAAUACUCCCAGCACAACCUCCUCUUCCUCCUACUUUAAUCCUUCUGAUCAUGGCAGUCUUUGAGCAAUCACGUGACCAGCCAUCUGAUAUCGAAAGGCAGGCGAAUGACACUGACAUCAACUACUCCCAAAGGGCGCAAUGGCUGAGAGCCGCCGUCUUAGGAGCCAAUGACGGGCUGGUGUCUACAGCCUCGUUGAUGAUGGGAGUCGGAGCUGUGAAGGAAGACGCAAAAGCCAUGAUAAUCUCCGGGUUCGCUGGACUGGUUGCGGGAGCAUGUAGCAUGGCAAUAGGAGAGUUUGUUUCUGUUUACUCGCAAUUGGAUAUAGAGGUGGCUCAGAUGAAGAGAGAGAAGGAAAUGAAGGAAGGAAGUGGUGAGAGUGAGGAAGAGAAUGGGGGUGUGCAGUUGCCUAGUCCAGUUCAGGCAGCUGCAGCGUCGGCUCUGGCGUUCUCGGUUGGGGCGAUGGUGCCGCUACUGGCGGCUGCAUUUAUAAAGCCACAUAAGGUGAGGCUAGGUGUGGUGGCUGGAGCUGUAACGUUGGCGUUGAUGGUGUUUGGAGGAGUGGGUGCGAAGUUGGGAAGGGCGCCCCUGGUGAGGUCUGGUUUGAGGGUGUUGGUGGGAGGUUGGUUAGCCAUGGUUGUGACUUUUGGGUUGAUGAAGUUGUUUGGGUCUCAUGGGUUGUAAGGACAGCCGUGUCUUCCUCUCCUCCUGCUUUUCCUCCUUUCCUUUCUUCCUCUUCUUCAUGUUUUUUUUUGUUUUUUCUUCUGUCUUUGUGAAGUUAGCAAGUUGGCAUAACAUGGGAGAGUGGAGGCAGUCUUUUUUCAUGUAGUGUUCAUCAUGGAAUGGAUUAAUGGUUGUCUACUUUAUA